UAAAUAAUCAUCAGAUAUAGUUAAAUAAAUGGAUAAUUAAAACAAUGAAUUUCCAAUAAACUGCAAAAAGAAUACCCUUGGAAUGGCAUUGGCAGAAUUAACCUAUAAAAAACAGAUAAAAGGCAGUCCCCAGGAUUUAAAAGACUACCACGCUGCUGUAGUAUCGAAACGCACGCUCAAAUCGUUCUUUUGUUGUCAGGUUGCACACAUUAGUAGGGAAUGUAACGCUCUUGGCAAUGUCAUUAACAUUGGAAAUCGUUUAAUUAAAUCACUUGUAUCCCGGGACUUGUACUGGUGCUAGAAGCUCUAUAUCUGUGUAUCUGCAACCUAAUCAUACAAGCGAUCCAUACACAUGUUCAAAGAUAGGGAUAGUGGUGAUAGAAAGGAGGAUAGAAAGGAAGAUUUGGUUUCCAACGAGCUUUGCCUCAGUGACUCAGAAGCAUUGUAGCCCCUAAACAAAGAAUAACUGAAUAACUUGGAUAGAAUAUUUGAUAAUAUACCAAGAACAUUGAAAAUUAAAUCCGAAACUACUAUAUCUAAGGCCACUAUGGAAAAACAAUUAUUUCUAGAUUAAACAAUUAUGCAAUGGACAGAUGGAAGUGAGGUAAACUUUAAAAAUAAAAAAUUUAGUCAAUCAACAAAAUGAAUAGAACGCUAUUACCAUUAGCAUGAUAGGCCACAACAUUUCUUCAAGAUGUGACAAUUUUUCUGACUGUGGUGGUGAUCUUCUUUUACUUGGCAGUGGCGUUUGGUUUGAUGUCAUCCACAUCUCUGGAUUCACAAGCCUUACCAUCAGCACUCUCUUCAGCACAGGCGUCCUCAUCUUCGUUGCUGUGACUACACGCCGUAGCUCUCUCGCCUUCAGGCUCCUUAAACUCCCCGAGAGACUCGUCGUGUACCUCGCUAUUUGUGAUCUCAUGUGGAGCACGACUCACAUAGUGGACCACGUAUACAUGUGGGUCACCUAUGACCACCCACCUGAUCUUUUAUGUAAUGCCCUGGCUUUCCUUCUAUCGGAGUUCGUGCUGGCACAAGGUCUGGUUGUAUCAUUCGCGGCCAUUAAUGCAAUGGUUAUCGUGGUCCUAGGGAAGACGAUUGAACUCGGAAGAUAUGAUUGGAGAUUAGUUGUAGUAGCUUUAGGCUUGCCUACAGUUUGGGGCGUUGUCUUAUUAGUUCUAGGGGUGUUUGGGCCUAGUGGGGCAUGGUGUCUGAUUGACGCCCGAAAGGAGACCUACGCCCUCUUCAAUAAUCUUUAUUCCAGUACUAUGAUCGUUGUAUUUAUGGUGAACCUAUUCAGCUAUACACUUGUUAUUUGUAAGGUUCGAGUUCACAGUAAAAACAUCAAACAAUCCACGCAAGGAUCAGCUAUUAACAAAAUUGCCGCAACAUCAGCGCUGUUAAUUCUUGCGUAUUUUGCCCAGUGGUGGCCAUGGUUUAUAUACGCCAUAUGGUCCCUCAUUGGCAACAGUCCCCAUAUAAUCCUUGUUGUCUUAAACACUAUAUUCUGUAACUUGGGCGGGGCAUUUAAUUUCUUUGCGUAUAGUACAUUCAGAAAGCGACUAGGGGAAAGAAACGCCAAUGUUACGACAGAGAGGUUAGAGGGAUGUGAAGAUGAGGUCCAGGCACCAACUUCGUCCAAGGCAACUAAGGACAUGCGAUAUUGAAUCGCAUAUAGGCGAACUAAGGAUAUUGAAUAAUGCCAUAGAGUACCACUUGUCGUCCCACUUACAUUUCACUUUAAUUGAAUAGAUGGCAGCGACAUACGAGUUCUUGUGUGGUCUUGAACAAGAUAUUCUGUAACUUUGGUCCGGCUUUCAUUUCGUAUAAUCACGGGCUCUUCUCUUUGAUAGAGCCCGUGGUGUAAUACAUUCAGAAAGCGACUUGUUGAAUUCGAAAGAACUCCAAAUGUUGCGAGGAAGAACUUCUAGAAAUAUGUGGCUAUAGAAGUCCAGGCAUCAACUUGGUCCAGGGCAACUGACGACAUUAUAUGAGUCAAAAGAAUUAAAGCUGUAGUUCUACCUACAUUUCUAUAAUUUAAAAGUACAUGCACCAAUUUCGUCCAGGGCAACUUAUCAUCAUGAAUGACGCAAAAGAAUUAACGUUGAUAGUUCCACCCACAUAAGGUAAUUAUUAAAAGAGGCACCAUUUUCGUCCAUGGUGACUACUGUAAGCAUAUUGAAUGACGCAUUAAUUAACUCUGGUCGUUCCUCUAAGGCCCAUUGAAAAGUUUAAAUUUAUGGUAUAAUCGUUCACAUAUUACUUUUCAGGACUUGAAAAAAUUCACUUUUGAAAAAAAUUAUUUAUCUUAUAAUUUUCAAAUAUUUGAAUUUCCCGCCAUUUAAGAAACAGAUGUGUGAGGUCAUUUAGCUGGCAAAAUAUUUUUUAAAAACUUUUCUCGUAC